ACCUAAACGUGAACCAAAAAAAGUUAAAGAAAAACUGUUGGUUGAAUACGACGAAGAUGGCAACUUGAUACUCAGUGAUGAAGAAGAUGACACAACUAGUCUACCUUCAAAGGUACCGUUUGUAAAAAAAAGAAAAACAGAUAUAAAAAAAUAGGGAGGUUAUUAUUUCAUAUACUAACUUGUUAUUCUGUUAUCAAUUGAUAGUCUUCCAGCAACAAGAAAAACAAUGGCGUUACCAAGAAAAGAAGCUCCAAAUUAAACCCAAAGAUUUCGGCAAAGGAUCUAAUUGAAUAUAUGGUAGAACAGGUCAAACGAGUGGAACAAGAAUUCACACCUAUCCCUAACUUUUCUUCCUGUACUUCUAUGUCUGGUGAAUUACAACAACAUCAACAUUAUGAUCAUUCAUGGUGUCCUACUCCUCCUCGGGAUGGAUCUAUCAGCAGUGGCAAUAGUACUCAUCGUAGGGAUUCGGAUACAAUUAAUUUCUCACCUCAUGGAUUCAACAAAGGAAGUUAUCAUCGUAGUGAAUCACCUUCAUUUUUACCUUUAUCACCACCUUCUGUUUCUUGCAACAAAUCAACUUCCACUUUGGAUUAUGAUGAUGAUGACCGUUAUAAUGAAGAGGAUCAACAACAAGGACGACGUGAUCAUUCACCUCAAGCACCUUCUACUGCUGGUUCUACGACAGCCACUCUUCCACCUUAUAACUCACCUACCAAGUAUGAUCAAACUAUCCGUGGAUAUGAAUUGUGGACUCACAAGGAUGAUAUUCUAUUGCUACAACAUGUACUCUCUCGUUUACAAUUAGGUAAUUGGCGAGAACUGGAAGCGAAAUUUGAAGGUCGUCAUACUGCUCGUUUAUGUGAUGCUCGGUGGAAAUAUCUUCGUGAUCAAUUAUUGAAAGGGAUUCAAAACGCAAGCACUUCUUGUUAGGAUCUCAAUGGACUGCUAAUGACUUGGAUACCUCCUCCCCAUCUCUUCAAUUCCAUAUAUUAUUAUUUUUAUUAUUUUUUUUUUUUAUGUUUUUAUUUCUAUUAUUCUCUUCAUACCCCAUUCCCUAUCUUCCUCUAUCCCCCAAUCUCUCUCUCUAUCUAUCUUCUAUUGUUUUAGCUCAAUUCUUGUAGUUAGUAUUAUUCUUUUUAUGCAUGAUACUUCCUUUUUCCAAAUAGUUUCUAUCUCAAUAAAGACACUUUUUUUUUUCAAUA